AUAGGCCCGGCCCUACUUUUGUCUGUAAACUUUGUACACAGUCAGAGGCCCCAUGAUGCCUCUCUUCCCUGUUUAUCAGUGAGGGGGAGAGGAAAGCACUGAGUGCAGCUGCAGGACAGGUGAGAGAGGACAGCAUCCAGCGGAGCACAGGUAAAAUGCUUCUAGAGAUCGUUGGAGCGUUGGUGGUUGGGGCUCUCCUGUACCACUUUGUCUUUGGGAAUAAAGAUGACACUUUGCGCAUGGGAGAUGGAUGGUGGGGUGCUGGACAGAGACAAGACGAGAACGAGGACAUUCAUCCUUUUAAAAUCGAGACGUCAGAUGAGGAGCUAAAUGAUUUGUUUCACCGGAUAGACCAGACGCGUUACACUGAGCCGGUGGAGGGCAGCCGCUUUAACUAUGGCUUCAACUCCAUUCAUCUUCGGAAAGUGGUGUCUUACUGGAGGAAUAAAUUUGACUGGAGGAAACAAUUGGAAAUUAUCAACCGAUACCCACACUUCAAGACCAAAAUUGAAGGCCUCGACGUUCAUUUUCUUCAUGCCAAGCCAGCAAACCUUCCAGCUGGUAGAAGAGCCAAGCCUCUUAUCAUGGUCCAUGGGUGGCCUGGAUCCUUCUACGAGUUCUACAAGAUAAUCCCCCUUCUGACCGAUCCCGCCAGCCAUGGUCUGAGCGACGAGCACAUUUUUGAGGUCAUCUGCCCAUCCAUCCCUGGUUAUGGGUUCUCCGAGGCAUCUCAUAAGCAAGGAUGCGACUCUGUGGCCGUGGCUCGGAUCUUCUAUAAGUUGAUGCAGCGGUUGGGUUUCCGGGACUUCUAUGCUCAGGGAGGAGACUGGGGAUCUUUGAUCUGUACAAACCUCGCCCAGAUGGCUCCCAGCAAUGUUAAGGGCCUGCACCUCAACAUGGUGUUUGUGGCCAGCUCCAAGCCUGUGGUCUUCCUCUCCAUUCUGCUGGGCAAGUAUUUCCCGGGGCUAUUCGGCUUGAAUGAUCUAGAAGUAAGGAGAAUGUUCCCCUUUAUGAAGAACGUGGUUGGCCAUGUGAUGAUGGAGAGCGGGUACAUGCAUCUCCAGGCCACCAAGCCAGAUACAGCAGGUUGCGGACUGAAUAAUUCCCCCGUCGGGCUGGCAGCGUACAUUCUGGAGAAAUUCUCGACCUGGACGGAACCCGAUUUUCGUGACCACGAGGAUGGAGGCCUGGAGAGGAAAUACACUUUGGAUGACCUUCUGACCAAUAUCAUGAUUUAUUGGGUGUCUGGCUCCAUUGUCUCCUCCAUGAGGUUCUACAAGGAGAAUAUUGGAAAAGGAAUUGGCAAGGCCGAGCAUGACAAACUCCCCGUCAAGGUCCCCACCGGCAUCGCCUCCUUCCCCAACGAGCUGGUGCUUUGUCCUCUCCUGUGGGCCAAGCAGAAGUGCGUCAACAUCGUCUCUUUUAAUUACAUGCCCCGAGGGGGCCACUUUGCUGCCUUUGAAGAGCCAGAACUUCUGGCAAAAGAUAUCCAACAAUUUAUAGCGAAAGUGGAACGAAAAUAACUGUGGCCUAAAUAAUGCAAUAGAGGAGACAGAGUGCAAAGAGGACCUGUUGUGCAUGAAGAACCGGCAACCAUAACUUUCAUACUGCUGAGUGCUGCUUUAAUUUUUUUAAAGAAAUGAUAGUGAACAUGUUCUAGUCAUUAUCCUGCGGUAGAUUGUAUUCUGUACCAUCAUAUCAACAUUUUUAGGCUCU